AUGGCAUCGAUAAAUAACACGAUCAGCAACAUUUGUUCGAGAAAUAUAAUCCAAGAACCAAUGCAGCACACGGAUUCAAUGGCCGAAUACGAUGAAAUGCAAUUCGUCAGUAGAUAUUCAACAGCUGUUUCCCGGCUUCACGAAAUUAUGAGUGUAUAUGAUAAAUCAAUACAAUAUGAUAUGAUUUCAAAAACGGGUUCAUCUCCGAACAGUUUCUUCGAGUAUAAAGCCAUAUGUGGAAAUAUCGAAACUUACGGAUACGGAUCCUCAAGUUAUGAAGCAACAAACGACGCAGCGAAUAAAUUUUUGGAUAAGCUGGCGUCUAUCUCUAACCUAGAUGAAUAUUUUCUGAAUUCAACAAAGUUAUCAUGUCUAGAGAGUAAUGUUACAUUAGCACAAUCCAACAAUUACAUUGGCAUGGGGAGAAGCAAACAAAUCGCAAAAAAUCAAGCCGCAUAUUUGACGUAUGACAAAAUUAAUUUAAAUCAAAAUAAAACCAAUAAGUCUAUCACGUCGAAUGCUAGAAGCGAAAAAACGAUAGAUUUCGUACAAGAUUUUACAAAAAAAGAAACCGAAAACGAAGCAGUAAACAUAGCUAUGAACCAAAUCUAUCAUGUCGAUAGCAACGAACCCACAAUGUUUACCAACUACAUUGGUAAACUACAAGAGAUGUGCUUAGCUAAUGGUUAUGAGGUGCCAAAAUAUGAAUACCACCAAGAAAAUUACAAUGAAAACGAGAAGUAUUUGUAUUGUAUUGUAUGUUCCGCUGGACCCUAUAAAUCCAAGGGCGUUGGGAUAACCAAGAGAAUCGCCAAAAACCAAGCCGCUUAUUUAGUGUAUAUUCAAAUCAGUAUGAAUCGAAAUGAAAUCAAUGAAACUUACACGUCAAAUGCCAAGAGUAAUGAAACGGCAUAUUUUUCAUUCGAUUUUUCAAAAAAUGAAGCCGGAAAUGACACCACAAACAUGGUUUUGGACAAAAACUACCAUAUAAACCAAAACGAAACCAACGAAACCAAAACGUUUACCAAUUACAUCGGUAAACUACAAGAGUUAUGCGUAGCUCUUGAUUGGGAGCUACCAUAUUAUGAAUACCACCAAGAAAUUAAAAAUAAAAAGUAUUUGUAUUCAGUGAUAUGUUUCGCUGGACCCUACCAAUCCACGGGCAUAGGUAAUGUCAAGCAAAUUGCAAAAAAACAAGCUGCUAAAUUAGUGUUUAACCAAAUUCAUUGGAAUCAACAGGAAAUCUCUAUGCCUCGUGAAAAUUUCACACAAGAAAUAGCUGAUAAAUGCUCUAACCAGUUACUAUGGUCUAAAACAGAAUGUGUGCAAAAACUAAAAAAAUGCAAUUCAUUGGAUGAACUUAAUAUGAGUCCUUUUAAAUUUUUGAAAAAACUUGCAAAUGAAGAAAACUUUGGUACCAGAUACAUACCAUAUCAAAUGGAUUGUUGUAAACUUGAGAUGUCUUUGGAAAUAACAAGACUAACAAUUAAACCUGACUUGAUCUGCUUAAGUACUGGAAGAACCAUUGAAGAGGCUCAAAAUGCAGCUGCCAAAUGUGCAUUAAAGUACAUCAAACGUUUCAUCAUUUAA